GCGUCACCCCUUACAAAUCUCAUUCAUAAUUACAGUAUACUUCCUAUAAAUAUCAAUAUACCGGAGUGGAGGAGUUUCUCAUAUAUCACAAAAAUCAUUCAUUAUUCAUUUCACCCAUUUCUCUGGGUUGUUAGUUAUUAUCACUGAAUUUGAUUAGAUCGGCAUUGAUUCUCCGGCCGGCCAUGAACGCGCUCGCAGCUACCACCCGUAACUUCCGGCAGGCAGCCCGCAUUCUUGGCCUCGAUUCCAAAAUCGAGAAAAGUCUCCUCAUCCCCUUCCGAGAGAUCAAGGUGGAGUGCACGAUUCCGAAGGACGACGGGACGCUGGUGUCCUACGUUGGGUUUCGGGUGCAGCAUGAUAAUGCCCGCGGCCCCAUGAAAGGAGGAAUCAGAUACCAUCCUGAGGUUGACCCGGAUGAGGUAAACGCUCUUGCACAACUGAUGACUUGGAAGAGUGCCGUGGCAGAUAUUCCAUAUGGCGGGGCCAAAGGUGGGAUUGGGUGUAACCCAAAGGAUUUAAGUAAGAGCGAGCUGGAGCGCCUCACGCGAGUCUUCACACAGAGGAUUCAUGAUCUGAUUGGUGUCAAUACGGAUGUGCCUGCUCCUGAUAUGGGCACUAAUGCACAGACUAUGGCUUGGAUUUUGGAUGAGUAUUCAAAGUUUCAUGGGCACUCCCCUGCUAUUGUUACCGGAAAACCCAUUGAUCUCGGGGGCUCCUUGGGGCGAGAGGCUGCAACUGGGCGUGGUGUGGUUUUCGCCACAGAAGCUUUACUCUCUGAGUAUGGAAAACCAAUUAAGGACUUGACCUUUGCUAUUCAGGGAUUUGGAAAUGUGGGAUCUUGGGCAGCAAGGCUUAUACACGAGAGAGGUGGUAGGGUUGUUGCAGUCAGUGACAUAACUGGAGCGGUCAAGAACCCUAAUGGGAUUGAUAUACCUGCUCUGAUCAAGCAUAAAGAGGCAACAGGAAUGCUAACUGAUUUCAAUGGUGGGGAUGCCAUGGACUCAAAUGAGUUGCUCACGCACGAAUGCGAUGUUCUUAUACCUUGCGCUCUUGGUGGUGUUCUUAACAGAGAAAAUGCAGGAAAUGUGAAGGCAAAGUAUAUUAUAGAAGCUGCUAACCAUCCUACUGAUCCAGAAGCUGAUGAGAUUUUGUCUAAUAAAGGAAUAGUUAUACUACCAGACAUAUAUGCAAAUUCUGGAGGUGUGACUGUGAGUUACUUCGAGUGGGUUCAGAAUAUUCAAGGGUUUAUGUGGGACGAGGAAAAGGUGAAUCGGGAGCUAAAGAAAUACAUGUCGAGGGCGUUCCAGAACAUAAAGGGCAUGUGCCAGUCCCACAACUGCAAUCUUCGGAUGGGUGCAUUCACUCUCGGAGUCAAUCGUGUUGCGCGUGCCAGUGUCUUGAGAGGCUGGGAAGCAUAACUCCUUUCCCUUUGUUAUUCUUCUUCUCAUUAUUCUUACAAAACUUCAUCCAUACAUAAGUAUACCUUUUCAUGGCUGAAACAUGCUGUGGAAGGAUAUUUUUCUCUUCUUUUCAUUGAUCUUGAAAUUCCACUGAUGAGUUGGAGUAUACCACACAGAUAAACAUUUGACAGUCAUUCACAAAAAAAUACAUACAACAUGAAGAUUACUUGUUGUAAUUGUUGUAGUUCACUCUUUUUCGGAUUUCUGUUCAAGU